UCCUCUCGCCUCCUCCACGUCCUCAACACUCCCACAGAGGCUUCACAAACAAACAGAGUGGCAUCUCCCUGCUUCUUUUAACGCUCUUUUCUUACAGGAGACAGGCGGGGAAGUCCGUCUGCAGGAACAGCACCUGCUGUAGGACAGCACAAGGUGGACUAUGCCCCCCUCGGACAAGUGAGAGAGGGAGGUGGGGGGUAGCAGAGGGGGAGACCCUUCUUCAUCAUCCCAUCUGGAGAAAGCUUGGGCUGGAAUCAGUGGCGCUUCAGCGGUUAGCGCUGAAGAUGCAAACGUCAACCGCCUCACCAGAGAGCAACACAACAUCGCCUUCCAACAUCACCAAAUCCAAAGAGCAGAUUCUCAUCCAGAGUUCUGGGGCUAUGAUUGCUGUCAUCGUAAUUGGUAUCAUCAUCAUUCUCACCGUUGCAGUCUUUGUCCUAAAGACAUACAACAAACGGACCCAGACAUCCCGACUCCUGGGGUCCAGCGGGGGCUCCAAACCUCGUAAGAAGCUGUCCCAGUCCACAGCCCCCAUCAUGCCCAUGGACACCAUUGGCGUCAGCUCCGUGUCAGGCAGCCUCUCCUACUCAAACCCGAGACCAGCCUCAGAGACCAGCCUUCACUUGCCCAGAGCUCAGCUGCGCUCCGCAGGGGGCAACCACAUAGGAUUGUUCGGCAGCGGGUCCACGGUGGUCGCCAUCCACGAUACGUCUGGAAACACAUAGCAUCGGGUCCAAACAAAGACCCCUGACUGACUGAUGCACUGCCUUUCUCGACUGAAUGUGUCAUUGUUAAAAUGACGAGCAAUGCAAUGAAGAAAACACUCUCGACAAUGUUGGUCUUAACUGGGUACAUUUCUGUAUUUAAUAAGGUGUCACUUGUGUCCAUCAGUAGAAUGAUCUGUAGAUGAGAGACAAAAACAGUAUGAAGUAGGAUAGCUCAAGUGUUUACACUAGCACCUGGAUGUUUUGUGACCCGCACACCUUCUUUCUUUGUUUGGAAAUCUCUUCAAACUAUUUUCCUGUAUGAAAAUCUCACUUGUUUUAUAAAACAUCCAGGUAUAGAAUGCCAACAUUUUGCACUUUAUUUUCAUCGUUCCCUACAUUUGUUUUGUUGUUAUUCUCUUUAAAUGUAAUUAGAUUUGAAUAAAACAGGAUGUUUUUUUA